AUGGAGAUUGAAACUGCUGAACAACCGGCCUCGAUUCGUAUUCCGCUUACGGAUUCUGAGCAAUGUAUCGAAUUGUUCGUGGAUGAGCUAAGCGACAACACGGACGAGUUAACGCAAACCUUAUUCGGAGAAAACGUUCACCCCCAUUAUUGGAUCCAAAUUGCCGUUGGGUAUUACAGUGUCAAAAAGUAUGAGCAGUUCCUAAAAAUCAUUGACACAAUUUUACGGGAGGAGAAUUUCCGUCGUUUUGAGAGUGAGUAUGAGUGCAAGCUCGUUCUCAUCAACUAUCGCACCGCCUAUAAAUUAAAAACAAAUACACUCACAGCCGAGGAAUACCGUCAAUUCGACGAAGAAUCCAACCGGCUCAUAAACAUGGAGCAGCAGGACCGCGCAGCCUCCGCCACGUCCCUCGCCCUGAAGUGCAUCUACUGCCUUCGCACUGACAACAUGAAAGCAGCCCACACCUACAUGAUUCACGCUCUGGACCGCGACCGCUCCUGCCUUCUCUCCAGCAUCGCUGCGGCGUUCUACUUCAUUCAAAGUCGCGACUACGCCAAAGCGAUCAACGCCUACCAAAUGGCUCUUCUCUACCACCCCGACGCUCCCGCCUCCGUCCGCGUGGGCAUCGCCUACUGCUUCUACAAGCAGAACAACUACAAGAAAGCCUUCCUCGCCUUGGACCGCGCGCUCCAGCUCGACCCCGCCAACGAAGAAGCGCUAGCGAUGAAGGCCGCGCUCCAGCGCACCGCCGCCGACCUCUCUCCGAAAGAGCGCGUGAUCGCCUCGCUGCAGACGAUCCAGCAGCUCUACCGCGUGAAUCCGAACCACCCGCAAGCGCUGAACUACAUCGCAGACCACACGUUCUGGCAGUGGUCGCCGAUCGAGGGCCUCUCCGUGUCGGCGCAGCAGCACAGCGAGGCCGUGCAGGUCCGAGGCGACACCUCGAAGCUCCACGCCGCGCAGCCCAUCCGGAUCAACGGCGUUCUCUGCCGCGUUCGCUCGGUGCGCGAGGCGGCGGCGACGGGGUCGGUGCUGCUGUCGUCGCCGUUCGCCGGGGAGAGCUGCGCGGACGUCCCCGUGGAGGCGCGCGACACCGCGAAGUGCCUCGACCUGGCGACGCGGAGCGCGGAGCAGGCCACGAUGAGCUCGCUGAAGUCGGAGGCGUGGGAGCUGAUCGGUCGCUGCUACCACGCGGAGAACUUCUGGAACAAGGCGGAGAAAUACUUCGCGAAGGCCGUUGCGGUGAGCAAGCGGAACGUGCUCGCGCUCUACGGACUGGCCCAGGUGUAG